UGACGUCACGCCCCGGUAUAAAAGGGCGAACGCGGGCGGCGGCUUUCUCUUUCUGUCAGGCCUGGUUGAGGAAUGUCUCACCGCAAGUUCUCGGCUCCCAGGCAUGGCUCCCUGGGCUUCCUGCCCCGCAAAAGGAGCAGCAGGCACAGGGGCAAGGUGAAGAGCUUCCCCAAGGAUGACCCUAGCAAGCCUGUCCAUUUGACGGCCUUCCUGGGGUACAAAGCCGGCAUGACCCACAUCGUGCGAGAUGUCGACAGGCCUGGAUCCAAGGUGAACAAGAAGGAGGUGGUAGAGGCAGUUACAGUGAUUGAAACUCCUCCGAUGGUAAUCAUUGGCCUUGUCGGCUAUGUUGAAACUCCACGUGGUCUUCGUACUUUUAAAACUAUAUUUGCGGAGCACAUGAGUGAUGAAUGCAAGAGGCGUUUCUACAAGAACUGGUACAAAUCUAAAAAGAAGGCUUUCACAAAGUAUUGCAAGAAAUGGCAAGAUGAGGAUGGCAAGAAACAGCUGGAGAAGGAUUUGAACAGCAUGAAGAAGUACUGUCAAGUAAUUCGCAUCAUUGCUCACACACAGAUGCGCUUGCUUCCUUUGCGCCAGAAGAAAUCCCACAUGAUGGAGAUCCAGUUGAAUGGUGGAACAAUUGCUGAUAAAGUUGACUGGGCAAGAGAGAAGCUGGAACAGCAGGUUUCUAUCAAUUCCAUAUUUGGUCAAGAUGAGAUGAUCGACGUCAUUGGUGUAACCAAGGGCCAUGGCUUCAAGGGUGUGACAAGCCGAUGGCACACAAAGAAACUGCCGAGGAAAACUCACAAAGGUCUACGCAAGGUUGCCUGUAUUGGAGCCUGGCAUCCUGCCCGUGUGGCUUUCUCUGUUGCUCGUGCUGGUCAGAAGGGUUACCACCACCGCACUGAGAUCAACAAGAAGAUCUACCGGAUUGGAGCGGGCUUCCAGAAAAAGGAUGGCAAAUUAGUAAAGAACAAUGCUUCUACUGAAUAUGAUCUGACAGACAAGAGCAUCAACCCUCUGGGAGGCUUUCCCCACUAUGGUGAGGUGACCAAUGACUUCCUGAUGGUGAAAGGCUGUGUAGUUGGUACCAAGAAGCGUGUGCUCACUCUGCGCAAGUCACUGUUGGUUCAAACAAGCCGUCGUGCUUUGGAGAAGAUAGACCUGAAAUUCAUCGACACCUCUUCCAAGUUUGGUCACGGUCGCUUCCAGACUAUUGAAGAGAAGAAGGCAUUCAUGGGACCACUGAAGAAGGAUCGGAUUGCAAAGGAAGAAAGUGGAUAAAUUUUGAGCCAAUGAUUCUAAUUGAUCAAUAAAUACUGCUUUUAAAAAGCAAAUUACAUUAAA